UGAUGUUUAAGCCGUAGCUGUCUGGAAGCUGCUGCUAAAUUGGAGUUGAAUCUCAGAGCACGACACUCACUCUCUCUCUCUUUCCAGAGGAAGACAGACCCAAAACCACCAGGACAGGAUGUCUUACGGAUCCAUUGAUGGAGGCUCCUUUGGAGGCAGCCGAAACCCCUUCGGAGGCCCCAAGAGGCAGGGCUACCAACCAGUAGCAACACAGGUCAGCUCCUCCGAGCUGCAAGACGUGUUUCAAGAGACCUCCUCCAACAUUUUCCAGAUCAAUGCAAAUGUUGUAACAUUAGAGAAGAGUCUUCAAUCGUUAGGAACGUCCAGAGACACUGCUGAACUGCGACAGAGCCUACAUUCUACACAGCAGCAAACCAACAAUGUCAUCACCAGCACCAGUCAACUCAUCAAACAACUCUCUGACAUCAUCACUGGCUCUACACGGCAAGAUCAUCUUCAUCUGACUAGACUGAAGACAGGACUCUCAGAGUCGGUUCAACGCUAUGGAGAUCUGCAAAAGAAAAUUGCAGACCGUUCGAGGGCCUUGCUACCCCCGGCACAGACAGAAAUGAAGCAGAGUCCCCAGACUCCGUUUGCAGAGCUGUGUGAAGAGGGGGGUCCCCUGUUUGUCAGUGCAGCAGAGAGCUCCGGGGGGGAUGGACAGGAGCAAGCAUUCCUCUCAGAGAUCAGUGAGGAAGAUGUGGAGGCCCUUCGCCAGAGAGAAGAGGCCCUACUGCAGAUUGAGAGGGACAUGUUGGAUGUCAGCCAAAUCAUACGAGAUCUGGCCAGUAUGGUGCACGAGCAGGGAGAUGCCAUAGAUAGCAUUGAGGACUACAUUCAGACCACCACAUCCAACGUGGAGUCAGCCAAUCAGGAGCUAGCAAAGGCCAGCCAUCACCAGAAAGCCUGUUUUGAGUCUCAGAAGAUGAAUUGCUUUGAAGCGAGUCAGGAUUUAAAGACUCCAGACCCAGCUCUGGUCUAACGCAGCCGCUCUCACUGCCUUUGUAGCGGAAAACGGGGAGGAAAAAAGAAAAAGAAAAAGCGUUUGAAAACAACAUUCUGGUCUCCCCUCCCUGCUCUGACACAUCACCCAUCGCCUGAGGAGGCUAGGAGCCAGGGAAAUAUAGAAAUAUCUCUAAACCCUGUUCUCCAUUCUAGUUCUUUUCAUUUCUAGUUGAGGUUAUUUUUCAUUCAUUUUUUUUAAAAUAUAUUUUUGGACUACACAUUGAGAGUUAUGAACAUGGGAGGACAACACAGCUGGGGAAGUUGUUUGAAGCAUUUGAAGUUUUAAGUUACACCACAGGCGAUAUUAGAAGAAAAAAAAGUUGAUAAAUGAUGUUGAAACAAUUCCCAGUCCAUAGAUAUAACCUCUUCGAACGAGAAAGAGGAUAGAGAGCAUGUGAAGGAAAAUGUUGUGGCUUCUGUGAUCAGACACCACUGGUUCUUAAUGGUUUCUCUCAUCAUUAACCACCAAGCACUUGACCAAACUCAAAUCAAGUCUUUAUGACACGUUAUUUCUGAAAACACAUCCUGAUGUACAAACCUAAUGUAACCCAAUAACCCACAAUUGUGUUUCAGCCAUUUCACCUGGUAUUACGAUGGGUACCUGCAUGGUGUCAAUUUAGUAGGGAAUGUUGGGAAAGUAUUUGGUGUGUAACUCCAAGGAGGAGAUUAAAUGUUUGUGUUGUAUGUAUUGAAUAUGUUGCAGAUUCUAUAGUUUUCUAAUUGAAUCUAAU